AUGAUUCAGGACAUUGAGGAGGCAGCCCUGCUCUCUGAGUAUGUCAAUCUGCUUGCCACUGAGGUGGAACCUGAGACAGCAGACCAGAAAAUGCGGGAUUUUGAGGCGCAGGUUGACCUGGCUGAGGGGAAGCAGUGGGAACUCUCCCCUGAGAAGGCAGCGGAGGAAGAUUUUGAGGUGGUUAUCAUCUCAGAUGAGAAGGAGGAGAAGGAGAAGAAGAAUGAGAAGUGA